AGAAAUGGCCAGCCAUCACAGGCAAUCCAGUGGGACAUCGAGGAAAAAAGUCCAGGUGUCAUUUGUGAUCCGUGAUGAAGUGGAACGAUGUCACAGGUCAGGGGUGAACGCCCUUCAGUUUGACCAGUCACUCAAUAGACUUUAUUCUGCCGGUCGCGACUCCAUCAUCAGAAUAUGGAACACCAAAAAUACCAAGGAUCCAUAUUUCCAGUCAAUGGAGCACCACACAGACUGGGUGAAUGAUGUCGUGCUGUGUUGUGGAGGGAGAACUUUGAUCUCGGCCUCCAGUGAUACCACAGUGAAGGUAUGGAAUGCCCACAAGGGCUUCUGCAUGUCCACACUCCGCACACACAAGGACUAUGUGAAAGCAUUAGCCUACGCCAAGGAUAAAGAGCAGGUGGCGUCGGCCGGCCUCGACCGCGCCAUAUUCUUGUGGGAUGUCAAUACUCUCACGGCACUUACCGCUUCUAAUAAUACAGUCACAACAUCAUCUUUAAAUGGAAACAAAGACUCCAUAUACAGUUUGGCCAUGAAUCAACCCGGUACUGUGAUCGUGUCUGGAUCUACGGAGAAGGUGCUGCGAGUGUGGGACCCGAGAACGUGUCAGAAGCUGAUGAAGCUGAAGGGUCACAGUGAUAAUGUCAAAGCGUUGGUACUAAACAGAGAUGGAACGCAGUGUUUAUCUGGCAGCUCGGAUGGUACCGUGCGGUUGUGGUCCCUGGGUCAGCAGAGGUGCGUGGCAACGAUACGGGUGCAUGAUGAAGGAGUGUGGGCAUUACAGGCAAAUGAAAAUUUUACCACUGUGUAUUCCGGUGGUCGUGACCGACGGGUGUGGGCGACUGAUAUACGCAACACAGAAAGUCGGUCACUGAUCUGUGAGGAACGAGCCCCUGUAUUAAAACUGGAGUUGGUGCAAGGAGAGCAGCCGUCAUUGUGGGUGGCAACCACAGAUUCGUCGAUCAAAAACUGGCCAAUCAAAUCAAAACCUAUGCGUAUGUCUGGCGACUACGACAAUGACCACGACCCGAUUCCCACCAGUGCAACACCCGAUUUCACCAUCCGCGGCGGUGCAAGUAUCAGACAGUAUCAUGUGUUAAAUGACAAGCGAUACGUUUUGACGAAGGAUACGGACAAUGUGGUGGCGCUGUAUGACGUCCUCACGGCCAGAAAAGCUGAAGAUCUUGGUCAGGUGGACUUUGAGAGUGAAAUUAAGAAGAAAUUGAAAGUGGUCUAUAUUCCUAACUGGUUCUCUGUAGAUUUAAAAACAGGAAUGUUAACUGUACAUUUAGAAGAAACAGACUGUUUUGCUGCGUGGGUAUCAGCGAAGGAGGUUGGCAUGGGCCAGAGUAACGAUGGUUUAGAUCCAAAAUCUCGGUUCAAUUCUUAUGUAAAUUUUGGUGGUUUAUUACUGCAAGCAUUACUAGAACACUGGCCUAGAACUCACACGUAUGAUGUGUCCGAGAACGGUGAAGUGAACGGUGCGAUUACUGAGGGAGAGAAGCGUGGUGGUAACCCGUAUUUUAGUGUUCCUGGUCAUACCCCUGUCAUAUUUAGUGAAUUAGGAGGACGUACGUUAUUCCGACUGCUAUGCAGAGAUGCUGGUGGAGAUCAAGAACAAAUGUUAUUAAAUGAAACUGUGCCAUCCUGGGUUGUAGAUAUUACUGUUGAUAAAAAUAUUCCGAAAUUUAACAAGAUACCAUUCUUUCUGCAACCGCACUCUAGCUCAGGAAUUAAAUCUUUAAAGAAGGACCGUCUCUCUGCCAACGACGUUCUCCAAGUACGUAAAGUGAUAGAGCACGUCUACGAGAAGGUAAUGGGUCAGGGGUCGGAUGCAGGGUCACAGACUGCUGGCGGCAACAACUCAAAUAGUCAGGAGAAGUCAGAGACUGAGAAAGAAGAAGAUAUCGCAUCAAUAGCUGAAGAAAAGGUGGAAUUAUUGUGCAAUGAUCAGGUUCUCGACCCAACAAUGGACUUACGCACAGUCAAACAUUUCAUAUGGAAACAAGGAGGCGACCUAACGUUGCAUUAUCGACCGAUAAACAUUGGCAAAUGAGAUAACCCAGGAUGACUGUCGAUGAUGAAACGUCACAGCGGGUACUGUAAAGGAAGACCACGAGCGUGUCCGACCUUUGACCUGCUUUUACGGUCCGGAAGUUAGAUAUUGUGCAACUGUUCAAAAAGCUUUCUGACAACUGACACCGACUUCUCAGCUUCACCGAUUACAUUUUAAGUUUCUCAAUAGGUGGAGUACAAUAUGUAUUGUGCUGCAAUUGCACAGCGUCAAGUCGAUGGUUUCACUCUGCACCUACUCGUUAUCUGGUGUGGCAUACUUCCUGUGCAAGGAAGUGUCUUGGUGUUUCAGCCGGAGUUUUAGCAGGGCGUGGCAUUCCAUCUUUUCUUUAUUUUCUCAAACUGCCCUGUCUUUUUUUAUCCGUGGCAGUGGCAUUUUCAUUUAAAGGCGAGGUGCUGUACCCAGUUGUUUUUUGACUGUGACUGAACCCAUCUGCCCUGUCCUUUCAGAUUUCUAGCUAAAAUUCGAUGUAUUAGGGGAGACCGGGGCUAGCUCGCCUACUUUUCAGAAUAAUGGUCAUAUUUCACACAAUAUUGAAAUGAAUGAAACCAAAUGGCCUCUGUGUGAUACUAAUGGGUCUUGGCUAUAAAUAGAACACACUUCUGGAUCCUUGUACCUUGAUUUGUCUGACUAAUUGAAUGUCAAAAUUUUUUUGUCGAAGCAGGCGAACAUGCCCCGCAUCGGGGUAAGUUCGCCACCCCCCCCAAACGGGGUUAGUUUACCCUUAAGCCAUUAGCCUCUAGUUUGGGUUGGGGUCGGCAUGGAAUAAGAAAACGGACCAAUUAAGUGGGAAAAGGUGCAAAUCGACCAUUCAAAGCAAUGAGGGACGUAAUUUAUUGUUUCAGAAAACACAAACACUUAAUGAAAAAGCUGGAGUAAAUUUAUUUAUCUUUUUUUUUUAAUCAAAAGGCCACGCGAACUUGCUCAGCUGGGAAGGGGCGAAUGUGGCCCACAAGCACUCUUGGGGAUUUUAGGCAAUGUAUCCAAAUGCUGGCAUAAAAAACGCAAAUGGCGAAAGUGCCCCGAGGGCAAACUAGCCCUGGUCUUCCCUACAUUCAGUUGUGAUGGAAUGAUAAUGAUAGUGGUAGAAUGGCUCAAAAAAAGAUCAAUAAUUUUCUGUGAAGUUCUGCCAUGAAAUUUUUUUCUGCCAUUUGCUUUUAAAUACUACAAGAUAAGAUCUGAUAUGACUCAACCUUUAUACGACUAGAGUAAAGUGGAUGCAAGACCACUUUGACGAUAUGGGUAAAAGCCGAUUUUCAAGAAAUUCUUGUACUUUGUUAAAUUUGAAUUUGUUACACAGCAUACCAGAUGCCAUUUUGGAGCUGAAAAUGGAUGUGAGAAUUGUUUGUGUAAGGCACACACUUGCACUUGUUCUCACCUGUGUUUGAUGUGAGAUUUUCAGCAUUUCUGAAGGCCACUGGCCAAUCAUAGAGUAUUCGCUUUUAGCUCCCCUGGGUGAGCUCAUGUCGUCACGUCUUGUCCGUUGGUCUGUCCGUCAACAAUGGAGGCAUGUUUGCUCACUGUUGAGUCUAGAAAAUUUAAACUUUGUGUGUGGAUGUCUUAUGACACCAUGACUUGACACACAAAAAAUCAUUGCCAUUUGACUUUCUGGGCUCCAGGCGGCCAUCUUUGAAAACCUUAUUUUGUCAAUAUCUCACUAAGGUUGAUAGCAAGAACCAUGAAAUGUUUACUGUCAAUACUUCUGAUGAGAGUUCAUGACAUAAUACCCGGGAUUUUGAUUUGACCUACUUUUGAAGGUCACAGAGGUCAAACUCUAAAAUCUCGGCAAAGGUGGCCAUCGGGUCAGUGUGACCUACUUUCCAGGUUUAAGUAGCCAAGGUCAUAAAACUCAAUGUCAGUCAUGUAUAUCAAGACACCUUCACUGCGUUAUCUUCAAAUGUACAUCAUUGAUUGAUGAUCAAGCUUAACAUAGUGCUUAUAACCAGACCUUCUGUUGAAAAAUACCUAGCAAAUAUUUACGCACCUAACCUUUAUUUUCAUAGCCUAGGCGAGCAAUUAUCGCAAGACUGUAGGCCUAGUACUAAGAAUCAGGGCCUUUUUGAAAAUCGCUGUUUGCGACUUCUGCCCGGCGGCCAUGACAUGCAUGAUUGAUAAUAAUGAGAAUCGCGGGUUCCCAUGCUAGGAGCGAUUCCAUUGGUUGGCCUUCCGAGUGACCCCCGACAUUGACCAAUAGCGUGCACUGUUACAGUCUGUGAUGUAGUUACAAUGAUAUGCCUAUCGUCGGCGCUGCAGUCGGGAUAUCCAGGUGCGCGAAUUUUAAAACUUUUUGAAGAGCGAGCUUUCAACAGAAGGUCUGUAUAACAUUUUGACCUUGACCUAGAUUUCAAGGUCAGAAAGGUCAAACUCUAAAAUUUCACUCCCAUUUGUCACAGAUUCUUCAAAUUUUAUGUGUAGACACCUAUUGGCAUCUGUACAAGUUGACCCAAUUUAGGUCAAUUGCAACCUUAUUUUGACCUAGUAAUCAAGUUCACAGAGGUCAAACUCUUAAAAGUGUCACAUUUUGUCCGUAUAAAAAGUCAAUUUAACCUCCAUGUCUCAUUUUAUCUGCCACUUAAUGAUUCCCAGGUGAGCGCAAUGUCCCCAGGUCAUUUUGCUGAGAAUCAGGCAGGCCGAGCUGGCUUGCCCAGCGAAAUGAAAAAGUUAUUUAAUAAAGUUGGAAAAUCUGUGUUGUUGGUGUCUUUCAAUGAAAUAUCGCUGUAAUGUAUCGCGAUAAAUGGGCUAAGGGAAUCUGGUGAUAUCCCCGAUUCAGAUCUAGCUUUGUGAAGAACUUGGAACCAUUCAAGUCAUGAACGACAUCAUCGAUUGUCGGGGCAAUGUGUCCCUCUCAUUGAACAGCUUGGUUUGCACAGCGCAUAUCGACACAGAGUAUUACUCUGUCCUUUUUGGGAACCACCACUGCUGGAGAUACCCAUGGAGUGGGACCGUCCACAUCUUCAAGGAUAUCAAGGCCAUCAAGCUUCACGUUUUCCUCUUCCAAUGGUUUUCGAGUAUGAAACAGAAUUCGUCGAUGUGGCUGAGCUACUGGUGUCACGUUCUUACCCAUGUGUAACUCUACUUGAAGGUCAUUGAGUUUACGGAGACCUAUAAAGAUGUCAGCGUAUUCACAAACCAUGCGAUUGACCUCUGGAUCAUCUGACACUUGAGAAAUAGCGAUUAGAACCAGUUCUUAUUUCAUCAGCGGUAUGAUAACUUUCCUUUGAGGCUAAACAAGUAUUCAUCGUCCAAUGAGGAGAAACCUUCCGUAUUAUUACCCUCAAUGUUAUUCACUGAUGUCUUUUCUAUUGAAUUUACCCGACUAAUCUGAUCGACAAACUUUGGCAAAGAGAUUUUGAAUGCCACAAGCACAACAGCUUUUCCCUUUUGCCGGGCACUCCCCCUGGUGUGGGAAGUCAACACCACAAAGCCAGCAAGAUUGAUGCGAUUUUGGUUUUGGCUUAUCGUCGGAUUGCUUUGAGUACGAUUGCGGCCGAGUAGAUUGAGGCUGGUUCCUGGGUUUGUGAUUAAAUGAUCUGCCAAGACCAUGUCCCCGAUUUGAAUGACUGUCAGAUUUCUUAGCGAAAUUUACAGAUUCCGCAGCUGGUGUGGGAGUGUGUUCCAUUCCAACAGCUUGCUUCUCCGAGAUUUCGAAUGCACGGCCUAGGUCAAGAAGACCCUUCAGCAUCAUGUCUGCGUCGCGUAAAGCUCUUCUUCUCCGACGGGUUGAUAGACGGAACGAUUUGUAACUUGAUUUCUUCAUUUAACCGAUCUCCGAUGAAGCGACAGGUGGCUGCUAGCUUGGGUAGCCUGGUAUGAAACGCACAGACAUUUUCCCCAGAUUGCUGUUUAGCACACUGGAAUGUGUUUAUCUCAAACUCUUUUUCUUGGGUGCAACGUAGGCCAUAAGGGCUUCCUUGCCUUUCUUAUAAUCAGUGGCAGCACCUUUCUCCUCUGCCGGGAAGGCAUUAAAAAUGUCAUACACUUCAGGGCCAGCAUAAUGUAGUGACGCACACUUACAUUCGGCUUUGUCGAUGUUCAGUGUAACAAACAGAUUCUCAAGUCUCUCUACGUAUUUCUUUCACUGUUGCCCUGCCGACAAUGACUCUCCAUGCACAUCAAAUGCACUAUACGCUGGUAAACCAUGUGGUACAGCAUCAGCCAUUUUUGCGAUGAUUUUUCUGGGCACUGCAAAUAAAUGUUUUUGAGCUUUCUACUAUUGUUUUACUUUAUUCACGAAUCUAGAUUAGGUUCUCGACAUCCUCGUCGCCAUUGUGUUAUUUAUGAAUGAUCUUCAAUGACUUAGUUAAACAUCAAUGAACAGGUUUAUUGCAGACAAUAUAUUUGGUCUGUUUACAGGACGGCCAUGAUGCCGAAGACCACGGGUAGCAGUGGCAUCAUACAUUUGGUGGGGGAUUUGAAUACAAAAAGUGUGGACAUUACAAAAGACAUGAUCCGAGUUUCAAAAGGCCUCCAUUUUCUACUUUCGAGCGAUAACGUGGACUUGAAUUCUUGAAAAUGGUGUGACAACAUCAUCACGAUGUCACACUGGCAGGUAUCUGUUACAUCGUAUGGUAUUUAUUAAGCCACAGCCCUUGGUUACUAGCCCGAUUUAAAUCAUGCCUGUUUACAUUUGAGAAAAGUCUCUUACAUCACUUGAAUAAACCAUCAUGCCCUUAUGACACCCAGUGCCAGUUUGCUGGAUGUCGAUAGCCCAUUGUACAUGGCAGAGAAAUUACAGAGGUUUACAGAGUUUUGAACAAAGGUGCAUGGGGAGAAAACGGAUUAAGUAAAGAAGUUGGAGUUAUUCAUUUAGUGUGUGUACAUAGGAGUUGGGUUAUCAUGUAGAAGGGGGUAUGGGCUCAAGUAUGCAUACGCAUGUGUACAAGGGGGUACUAUAAAUCGGAAACUUGUGUGUACAUACUAGAACCUACUUCCAGAUUUUGCGUGACUCUCUCGUGGCUGUCGCCAGUAUAGCUUUUUGCUCCCCGUAGAGCUAGGGUAUCAUGGUGUGCCAUCUUGAGCUGUCAGUAACUACUCUAGAAUCCCGCAGGAGAGAACAGGACUUCUGCACAAGCGACAUGACCGGCGAUUGACCAAUUCAUUUCAAGACCUGCCCACAAUUUUACACCAGCUCUAGUUGACCAAUCAGGAUCGUCGGAUCAUUUGGCUUCUGUCGUAACGAUUAUUAUAACAUCAUAUAAACAUACACAGGUAUACAUACCACAAUAGAUUUAUUUGAAAGACUCCAAGUUAAAUUAUUGAUAUUCAUUGCUAUGAACAAUCAGUUUCAUUUCAAUCUUACCACGUGCAUACAAUGAAGCGGGGAGAAAUAUGAAACAAAGUGGCUAUUCUUACGACUAGUCGUAACUUAGGAUUUAUGCGAUUUCAGAGAUUAAACUGAGGAUCUAGGGAGAUAAGACUAGUGUAAAGGAAGGGUUAGGGUUAGGGUUGGCGCUAGGAGUAAGUGCAAGGGUCAGGGUGAGCGUCAGGGUUAGGAUUAAGGCCCAAUAAGGUGAAAAUGAUCGUCGUAAGAAUAACAAGCACUUUGUAUGUAAAAUGCAUUAGGAAUCGUCGUAAGAAUAGCCGUGGCCAAUAUGAAAAUGGGGUGAAAUUGGCAACAGAACUGGCGCUGGCCACCGUUGGUGUGCCUGUGUUCUCUCCCACGGGAUUCUAGAGUACUGACAAAUCUUAGUAACUUCCCGAUGUGACGCCGUUAUUGCCCUCUCUGCACACAGGAAGUGUGUUGCUAUGAAAGUAAAAAUCUUCAGAAAUGAUUAA